AUGAAUAUCUUUCUCGAUAAAUACGGAACCGACACAACUACAAACUUUCAACUUAUGAGAUGGGCAAAUGAGUUAAAUAUAUCUCCGUUUUAUUAUUGUAUGAGAGAUGAAAUAAAUAAUCUCAAAUAUAAGAAAGGAAAAAUAAUUUUACAUAAAGACAAUUUUAAAGAAAUUAAAAGAUCAAGAGUUGGUAGAGGAACUGAACUACUUAAAAAGAUAAAUGAAUAUAAGGGUAGAAAUUGUUAUAUACCAACAAAUGGUAACUGUUUUAUCAAAUGUGUAAAUCAUGUUUUGAACAAAGAUUUAACAAAUGAAUUUAAAAACUUCAUUAUUAAUUUUCCAAAAGUGAAUAGAAAAGGAGUAAUGACAACUGCUAGAAUUAAUGAAUUCAAUAAGAAAUGUGAAACUUCAUUUCAAAUUUAUACUCUCAAAAAUAGAAAUUUACGCCCCAGAGAUGUAAAGAGAGAAUUAGAUUGGGUUUAUUAUUUACAUAACUCACAUUUCUGUCUCAUAAGAAGAAAUGAAAAAAGUUUAGGUAUUAAAGAAAUAGAAGAUUAUUAUGAACAGGUAUGGAAAACAUGUAGAGAUGAUAAUGUCGUAACACAAGUAUCACCUUUGAAACUAAACAUAUUUUCAAAUAUGAGUGAUGAUGAUACUUUAUUCGCUUGGGAUUGUGAAACAUAUUCAGACAGUGAAACGCAUAAAGCAAUUCCUUAUUCCUGUACAUUAUUUAAUUAA